AUGUCAGGGGAUACGCUCAACAUGCUCCAAUCGGAACGUUUACCUCCCUACACUGAAAUUCUUAUAGAGAUAUUUCUAUUCUUGUGUAAAUUAACUUGGUGUUGUAUUUGUGAACUGAUCACACGGAUCUCACAGUUAAUCAAUCCAGUAUAUAAAGAUCUCUCGUCUGACGUUGUCUUAAUCACCGGAGCCGACAGUGGUAUCGGAAGGUUAAUGUGUUCAGAAUUUGCCAAGUAUUCUUCAACUAUCAUAGCUGUAGGAUUAAACAAGUCAUCCUUGGCAGAAACAGCCGACAUUGUCUACCAAGAGACUGGUAUUCACAUUAAAACUUAUGUAUGCGAUUUCAGACAUAAAAAACAGAUUGAUGAAUUGACCGAAAGUGUGUUGAAAGAAUUUGGCAAAGUAACAAUACUUGUCAACAAUGCUGGUGUAGUGAAUGGAGAUACUGUGAUCGACUUAACAUCCAGUGCUAUUGAAGAUUGUUUCAAAGUGAAUGUUUUGUCACAUUUUUAUCUGAUUAAAGCAUUUCUGCCAACAAUGCUUAACAAACAUCAUGUGACGAAUCCAAAUAGUCAGUCUAAUUCGCCGAUUAAUAAAUAUCGUCAUCCAAGAGGUCAUAUUGUUUGUGUCUCAUCAAUAGCUGGUUAUGUCCCGUUAGCUGGUGGUACAGAUUAUUGUGCAUCGAAAGCAGCCUCCAACCUACUCGCUGAAUCAGUUGAAUUGGAAUUAGCUAAUUUAGGCAUUGUUGAUGAAAUCUGUAUCACGCGUAUACUACCCUUUCUAUUGAAUACAAAUAUGUUUAAAGGAGUUACACCGAAGCAUCCUUGGUUAUUCCCCACUGUUGAUGCCAGUUAUUGUGCACGUCGUAUUGUUGAAUCUGUUCGUUUGAAUGAACGUGUUGUUUAUAUAACAGCGCGAUAUCGUAUACUACCUGUGUUAAAGCUACUUCUUCCGACUAAAGUGAUUCAUUGUUUAUAUGAAUUCAGUAAUACUGGAGAAUAUAUCAACCAGUUGAAAGCUUAUAGAAAGAAGACGGAUGAUGCACCCAACUCCCAGUGA